GAGCACGCGCGGCGCGAUGACCGGGAGGCAUGUUUCAAGAGUCCGGUCUUUAUAUAGGCGAAUCUUGCAGCUACAUCGGGCUCUACCCCCAGACCUCAAAGCCCUGGGUGACCAGUACGUGAAGGACGAAUUUAGGAGACAUAAGACCGUUGGUCCUGGCGAGGCCCAGCGUUUCUUAAAGGAAUGGGAGACAUAUGCAGCAGUGUUGUGGCAACAAGCUAAGGACAGCAGACAAAGUUCAAGCGGAAAAGCAUGCUUUGGCACUUCUCUCCCAGAAGAAAAACUCAAUGACUUUCGUGAUGAGCAAAUCGGACAGUUGCAGGAGCUAAUGCAGGAAGCUACUAAGCCGAAUCGGCAGUUCAGUAUCACCGAGUCUACAAAACCACACUUGUGAUACAGUAAUCUUAACGCACCUCCUCUAUUCAUCGACUCUAAAAGUAUACUCUUUCUGCUUCAUGGAAUUGUCUUAUUUUUGCACAGUAUGAACAAUGCAUGAUCAAGAUCACAAAUGGCGCACUAUGCCAUCAGUGCAACGACAUUUACUUACUGUAUGGAAUGUAGUUUUAUGGAAUUUAACUUCUGGACUGAAGAAAGUACACUUUGGAAUUAUGCUGAAAAUUUUUUGUAUAUGAAUUUGUUUUAAAUUCUAUUCCCAUCAAACCUUAGCCCCCUGAUUUGUCUCUCGCUUCAUCAGUUAAAUAAACAUAUAAUAACAGAA